AUGUCAAGACAUGAAAAGAAUGCCGCAGUUCUAGACGCUUUCCAGCGCUUUCUCCAAAUUCAAGAAUCAACUCAGUCAAGAUUUAACGGCUUUGUCCAAAACUUCAACUCACAAAUGACUACAUUCUUCAAAGAGCAACUUCUUCCUCUCACAAUUACUAAAAUAGCUUCUCCAAAACUCAAACCUUGUAAGAUCCCUGAAAAGAAAUCUGACCCAGUUCUUCCCAUGAAAAGACCAAAAGAAGCCUUAAAUCCUGUAAAAACACCUAUAAAAAAUGCUGAAGUUCAGCUAAGCAAUCAUGUCGAAACUAUGAAGGCCCAUAUCCGUGAACUUUACGCCAAAAACAUUAACCCUGCCCUGAUUUCCAAACUCUUCAACCUCAAGCUUGACCUUAUCCACUCGAUUGGCGACUAUAGCCAAUGCCCUGAAGACGAAAAAACCCAAAAGCUUGAAUUAAAAUCUGAAUGCUUAAAACUCCGCGAUAGCGGCACGCCUGUAAAAUACAUAAGCAAAUCUUUAAAGCUCCCUAAAAAGAAAAUCAUGACUAUUCUAGGCGAAAUUUCUCCUUGCGAUUUAUUAAAAUCUUCUGAGUCUAAAAAAGUAAUUGUCAGCAAAAUUAAAGAAGGCGUCCCAAAAGUAGCUCUCGCCAAAGAUCUGGGCAUGCCUAUUUAUAAGCUUCAGAAUUGGAUCGACAAGGUAGAGAAAGGAGAAGAGCCAAGCGAUAAUGAUGCAAUACAUUCUGAAGGGGAUUAUGGCAGGGAUACUAUUAGAAACUCACUGUUUAGUUAUUAUCAAACUGACAACUUCGACGUUUCAGCUGAAAUGUGCAAUGUUUAUGCCCGGGAUAUUGAAAAUUGGAUUGAAAAGUUUGAAGAAAAUACUGAAGGGCCUAGAAAAAGGCACAAAAAGACUGUAAAAUCGUCAGCAGAGCUGAUAGACAAUCACCAGUCACUUUUAGCUGAGUUUUUGAAAAAGGCAAGCACAUCUUCUAUACAAAGCAAUAGCACAGAGGAUCAGGAAGAAGAAAAUUGUGAAGCUGAGCAGGAAUCCGAAAAACCAGUAAGUUUGAUCACUCAAAGCAUUUUAGAAUCAGAAAAAUCAGCUCAGAAUGAAUGCAUAGAUAUAGAGCCAAACGAUGAAGAAGGCAGUGAAAGAACGGAAUCAGAAAGCUCUGAAUAA